GCAAGACCUUUGCCUUCUAAGUCUUCACUGCAAAAAAAAACUUCCAUGUUGGCGGGAGAGAGCUCCAUUCAAAAUUCUCAGAGACCGUCCUCAUCAAGACCAAUGUCAUCGGAUCAUAGGCAACGGGUAGUAGAACAGAGAGAGGUUUCCCCUGACAUCGCCACACCCCAAAAUGGAGUUGUCCGUUUCUUCAGGACUUUAUUCAUCAUUUCCUGCUCCUAAGUAAUUUCGAAGAUGGUGUAUUGUCAUCUUCAUUUAUGGUUGGGCUUCUUAUUGCAUCACCAAUAUUUGCUUCAUUGGCAAAAAGCUUCAAUCCUUUUAGACUUAUUGGAGUAGGUUUAACUGUUUGGACUGUUGCAGUUCUUGGUUGUGGCAGUUCCUUUGCCUUUUGGUUUAUCGUCUUAUGCCGUAUGUUCGUUGGUGUAGGUGAAGCUUCUUUCAUUAGUCUUGCAGCUCCAUUUAUAGAUGAUAAUGCUCCUCAGAAACAGAAAGCUGCAUGGCUUGGACUGUUUUACAUGUGUAAACCAAGUGGUCGGGAAACAUUUUGGUUGGCGGUACGCGUUUUGGGGUGAAGCUGUUUUAAUGGCUCCAUUUUCUGUUCUUGGUUUUGUAAUGAAACCUUUGCAGUUAAAAGGGUUUCCUUCUACUGAUUCGAUAAAGACGGUUAGAUCAACUGAAGUAAUGACUCCAUCAGCUGG